AGACGCCAUUUUUCAGUUUUGAUUGUAGAAAUUUGUGCAUCCCUCAACAAUUUUCGUUCAUUGAUAGUUCUCACUAAAUUAUAAUUAGUACGCGUUUGUGUUUUUAAUUGAUACAUUUAUUAAAACAAUAUGAGUACCGCUGCGUCGACACCGUUAUUUGCGUGUUCUCGUUGUUUUUCAAGACAUCCUUUCGAAGAACUGUCUCCUGGAGAACAACUUUGUAAGGAAUGCCGUGGCUCGUUCCCCAUUGUCAAGUGCACCUACUGUCGCUCUGAGUUUCAACAAACAAGCAAGUCUAACACCUCAUCAAUUUGCAAGAAAUGUGAAGCUAAUGUGAAGGCCUAUGGAAAACCUACUGCAUGUGAAUAUUGCAACAUCAUUGCAGCGUUCAUUGGGAACAAAUGUCAGCGAUGCGUGAACUCCGAGCGCAAGUAUGGUCCUGCCGUGACUUGCGAGCAGUGCAAGCAACGCUGUGCGUUCGAUCGCCAUGAUGACAGUAAAAAGGUUGAUGGAAAGCUUCUAUGCUGGCUGUGUACUCAAUCGCUAAAACGAGCAUUGGCAAGGACUAAGCAGCAUCUAUCCUCUGUUGACAAACACAAGCACAGGGCUCACAAGUCUAAAAGCAGCCAUAAAGAAAAACGGAAGUCUGACAUGAUGAAGUCCAUGAAUGCAAGUGAUUCUUCCAUGAAUGAUUCCCAACCAUUGGAAAAGAAAUCUAAGCUGAAUCCCUUGCAAGGAGAGUUGGAUCCAAACAGUUCGGAUCACGUCGUGGCAAUGACUCAAUUGAAGGAAACUAUUGCUAGUCUGCAGAAAAAGGUGGCACAGAAAGACCAUGAGCUACUUGCCAAAGAUAAACUGAUCACCGAGCUGAAAGCCCAGCACCACAACAACACAACAGACCUGCGCAACGAAAUGAAGAACAAAGAGCGUCUGAACGAGACCAAGUUUAACCUCAUGAACACCAAGAUACAGAAUCUGCUGAAGGAAGUGGCCACUCUCAGCAAGUCUGCGAAGAAAAACAACAAGAACACUAAGGCCGCGCUCGCAGCCGCCGAAAACAGCGGCAGCGGCACCGACAGCCCCAGCACUAACUAGACAAUUCCAACACUUAGCAAGUUUAACGGCGCUCUGGUUGGCACAGCGGACGGUGGAACUCUAAAUUUAAGUUUUUAAUGCCGAAGGUAUUCUGAACAAUAAAAUUAUGUUAACUUUGGUCGCCACGCGGCUAACCGCCCCAGCCUCUUGAUAUUUUUUAGUGUAGUUUAUCUGUCAUUUUAACAGACUGGAGUUAUAAAUAAAAUAUAAUAUCCAGAAUUCGUUUAUCAUAUCUUAUCAAAUAAAGCUUGUUUUAUGGAAAACCGAGUCUGCCUUUGACCUCAAACACACCUCAUGGUAUCUUAUUCAAGCCUUUAUCAGUUACUUUUUCUCAGAUUUGUUGAUCUGAUUUAAAACAGUAUGAUAAACAUCGCAUCUGAAGUCAUCGAAUGGGAAUUGUGUAACAAAUCAUUUCCCCAUAGUAUUGGGCAUUACUCCCAUAGCGACAUGAAAUGGCGUUCAUCAUCAUCAUCAUCAUCAUUUCAGCCAUAGGACGUCCACUGCUGAACAUAGGAAAUGGCGUUACUUUUAAUUAUCUUACACGUGUCUAAAUAUUUGGUGGCUCCACAGAUAUGGAGGCUCAAUUAAGUUCAAUCAUGUUCACAUUUGCCGCUGUGCCAAACGUAGCGCUACUUUCUGUAUUAGAAUUACAGACAAAACUGGAAAAUAUUUUUCCUCUUAUUUUUUUACUCUACAAAUGAUUUUAUUUGUAGACUUUUAUAAGUGUAAGCGUAAGUAGGUUUCAAUUAAAUGACAUGUUAAUUUUUAAUUUAUUAAAUGCAACAUUAUUAUUCUUAGCGAUUUUACCCAAAGUACAGGUUAUGAUUAUUUAUUCAGUAGACGAAGCAAUAAAGCUAAGCGUCCACUCGUCGGUAUCGUACGCAACGAACGCAUCGUUCAAAAACACAUCGUAUCGGAUGUGCGAUGCGUACGAUGCGGACAGGUGGACGCUAGCCUUUAAAAGACCUUUUAGCAUAGUCACAAGAACGGGCUAACAAUGUUUGUUUUGUUUGUAAUUGAUCGGAAUUGGAAUCAUCACAAAUCUAUUGUUUCUGAACAUAUUUUACAUUGUUUUUAUAAACACGGAGUUUUGCUAUGGUUCUUACAUUGCCAUAAUGUAAUCAAAAGAUAGUGAAAUAUGUUUUACUCUAAUUUUAAUUUUAUUUAUGUGAUAAAAUAUGAAGUCAAGUGUUUUCAACUUCAUUGAAUUUCAUUGUAGAUGUUGCUAUUGUAAAAAUAUUAUCGAUUGUCUUAUGUGUCAGUGAAGGUCUUAAAUAAUGUGGGUUGAACUCUUAUUAGGUAUAAUUGAAAAAGUAUUGUAUUAUUGAACUGAUUUUUACUAUUAAUUAUCAUAUCAAAGUUGUACAAUAAUAAUGAUUAUUAUUUUCCUACAUUUGAGGGUUGCUACACAAUGGGUAAUAAUGUAACUACGAAUUACCUAGUCCUGUGUCAUCAUUUUAGUAAAUACGAAAAAUUUUAGCCAAUAAAUGUGUCGCUUUUUGUGAAAUGUUUAAAUCACUAAUAAAAGGAGACAAAAUUAUAGUUAAAAUGGUGUCACAAGACUAGUAUUUAUGAAUAAAAUUGUUAAGUCGUCAAACAACCUUUUAUCUACAUUACGCAAAGAAAAAUAAAUUGUAAAACAUUGA